AUGACAUCUGCAACUAAAAGAACACUCAGGUCAGAUUCUGACAGUAAAGCUUCUAUUAAGUCUAAAACUACCGUAAAUGAUCUUAAAGAGUCAAGUAAUGCACAUAAAAUUUCAAGUAAGGACUUUGACAGAAUUAUAUUAAGUUGGGACUUCUUUGAGGAUAUAAAGGAAGAGCCAUAUCAAAAGUCUGAAAAAUUAUACUCUUACAAUAGCAGGUACGAGAAAUGCGAAAUUAAAGAGAUUCCUGCUAGAUUUUCAUCACUCGAAGAGUAUAUUGAGUCUUUCUUUUCUUUAUUUCUUCUAGAAUGUCAACAAUCCAUACAAAGAGCCAAACAUAUAGAGAUGAGUUCGUUCCAGCACUUUACAAUGCUGGAGAGCAAGGGAUGCAUCGACUCAAAUUUUAUAUCUGUACGCUUUGAAAAAUUAUUAAAUGUGGAUACCGGAAAUCCAGUCUAUUUCUCACCUCAGGAUAUAGUUUUGAUUAUUUUCCCUGCUAAUGAAGAAUUGUUUAAUAUACCUGACAAAAAUUUAAGUGAUGAACCAUAUCAUGUUUUCGGCGUUGUUCAUAAUUUUAAAUCGGGUAAACUUACACUAAAUACAAUUAACCCGUUAUACUAUCUUGAAGGUGAAAAGAUCAAACGCUUACCAUCAACAAUAAGUAAUACAGAAAGAUGGAGAGAUCGCUUAACUAAAUAUAAUCAAUAUCUUCAACUAGGAAGAGAUAAAACAAAGAAAACUUCUUGGUGGAUAUCCAGAAUCACUUCAUUUGCUACUAACUACAGAGAGUAUAGUGCUUUGUUAUCAUUACAAGAUCUCCCACUUAAAGAUGAUAUUUUAUGUUUGAAGAAUCCUGUCUCAAGAAAUGGUUCAUUAUCUAUUCCUGACACUUUAUUAGACUCUCUUGAGAAAAUUUACAAUGAUUCUCAGCUAAGUGCACUAAAUGAGUGCUUAAAAUACCAAGGUAUUACCUUAAUUCAAGGCCCACCUGGAACUGGUAAGACAACUACAAUUAUUGGUAUAAUUAGUGCAUUAUUAUCUUCAAAUUAUGAGAGAAGUAGUUGUAAAGAUGAAGUACUUAGAGAAAGGGAUACAUCUUUGACCAUAAAUGAGAAGAAGAGAAAAGUUGAAGUAUAUAAAUAUGACGAUAUAGAAAAGGUAGGACUUUCACUAAUUAGAUAUUCACAGCCAUGGUGCUAUAAUAGUGAUUAUGUACCUUGGUAUGAUUGGAAAGCAAAUAAUCCAGAAAUUUGUACUACUAAACUUAUUGAAUCAAAGACUAUUCCUUUAGAUAUAUCAAAUAGGCAAACUGGACCAAGAAGAAUUUUAGUAUGUGCUCCAUCAAAUGCUGCAAUAGAUGCUAUUGUUCGUCGCUUAGUUGCAGAUCCAAUACGUGAGCAAGGAGGUAUUCUAGAUGCUAAUGGUGUGCGAUAUAAUCCAACUAUAGUUAGAGCUGGACCCAAUUAUCACCCGGAUUUAUUGGAAUAUAGCCUGGAAGUUAAAUUACAACGUCGUUUAAUUCGUAACGGUUACAAUCCAAAAGAAAGUAAACCAGAAGUUCGUCAACAAGUUCAGUGGAAGAUUAUUCAAGAGUCCCAAGUUAUAUGUGCAACCUUAUCUGUGUGUGGAAGUAAAGAAUUAGUUUCUAUUCUUGACCAAAGUAGCUCACCAAAUGAAAAGUCAAAAAAGAUUAUUGCUUUUGAUACAGUAAUAAUUGAUGAGGCAUCUCAAGGUGUAGAAUUGUCUACCCUAAUACCACUGAAACUUGGCUGUAAGAGAUUGAUACUUGUAGGUGAUCCUAAACAGUUACCUGCUACAGUUCUGUCUAGGAUAGCAAUAUUACAUAAAUAUGAUAUUUCUCUAUUUCAGAGGCUGCAACUGAAUGGAUUGCCAGUUAAAAUGUUAAGUAUGCAAUAUAGAAUGCAUCCGGUAAUUUCUGAAUUUCCUUCAAAACGCUUUUAUAAUGGUGAGUUGCAAGAUUAUCCAGGUAUAAUAGACGCAAGAAAAUCAAUAAUACCAUGGGAUUCCAUACCUUUUUUUAAACCACUAACCUUUCUUUCUGUGAAUUCAGAAGAAAUAAAAAAUAAAUCAAUCUCAAAUCCAAUUGAAGCUGAAUUAGUUUGUCAAUUAGUUGAACUUUUGGGAUUAAUAUUGACAGAAGUGAAUGAAAAAUUACCUAGCAAAUCUGAUGUGAAUAAUUGGUAUGAUAAAAUUGCAAUUAUUUCCCCUUAUAAUGAACAAGUUAGACUCAUUAAAUCUAUGAUUAAGAAACGAUUUAACUUACCAUCCAAUAUUAUAUGCCCAAUUGAUGUAUGUACUAUUGAUGGUUUUCAGGGUCAGGAACGUGAUUACAUCAUUUUUUCAGCUGUAAGAGCUCAAUAUAUUGAACCUAAUGGAAUUAUUGGUAAUAAUAACAGAUUGGAAACUCUUAGAACUAAUGCUGGUUUUCUAGCUGAUAUUAGGAGAAUUAAUGUUGCACUGACGCGAGCUAAGCGUAACUUGUGGAUUAUAGGCCACGGAAGAUAUUUAUUGGGUAACCCAGAGUGGGCACAUUUAUGGAACUAUACUGCCGAGAAAAAUUGUCAAUUUUCCAUUGAUAUAAAUAAAUUAUCAUUAGAUAAUUAUUUAAAGAAGUGGCUAUUUGCCUAUCUUCAAAGAAAAGAAAGUACUAGGAAUACUUUAAAGCAGUAUAUUCCAAAUUUUAUAUUAAAUCUUACUAUGGAUAUUUCUUUAAUGGAAACUAUGGAAGCUACAGAAGUUAACAACUCUGUGGAACCUCAAUUUAAGCUAAAGAUUAAUUCAUCAUUUUUCAAUGACCUCAAACAGGAAAUUAGCCAAGAUUCUAAGCAUGGCAAAAUUACACAUGAUAUCAGUAAUAGUAGUAAAUGUCAGGAUACUCUAAGUAGUGAUAUUUAUGAUAUUCCUAUUGAAUAUAAUUCUAUUCAGCAGCAAUUUAUUGAAGAUAUUGCUGAUAUUUCAUCUAUGUUUGACUUCAGUGCUACUUCAUAUGAUCAUUGCAAUGAAAAAAUGAUCACUUAA